CACACAGACAAGCUCCAGACACUGUUAGAAAGGAUCGGGGUGAUUCCUAUCUCACCCACUCUGACUCCUUGUGCCUCCUCAAACCCUUUUCCAUCGCACGAACCUCACUACUGAAGAACCAGAUCAGGAAGAACCAGCACUCUGAAGUGCUCACUAUGUUGGACUUUGAUUUAUAGUGCAUCUCUGUGGACUUGUGCAGAUCUUCAAAUUUGUUUGUAGGAAAAUAUUUCUGUGAUUUUUUUUCUUUCAUAGAGAUUUCUGAAAGGUUAUCAAGGGAAAUUUCUGCCCAUUCGUGUUUUGCUCUUGAAUCAAUUGUUCUAAAUGCUGACCGAGUCGUGUGGGCUGAUGGGAUCGGAUGUGCGAGAUCUGACUCCCCUCAUGCCUGCCGUACCCACGCUACCACCUCUUCCAGGGCCUAACAGCGGAGCUCCUCAGUGGGGUCCGAUUGUCGACUUCCACCCUGGCUCUCCAUACGGAGCUCUGCCCUCACACUCGUUCAUCAAGCAGGAGCCUGGCUGGGGGUCAGUGGACACCCAUGAUGACCCUCACUGUACCCUGGGUGCCUUCACUGUGCACUUUUCAGGGCAGUUGACUGGAGGCUGCAGGUACGGAGCCUUCACUGAGCCAUCGUCCGGACAGAACAGGGGGUUCGGCAGCACCCCGUAUCUGAGCGGCUGUGCUGAAAAUCCUCCAAUCCCAAGGAGUCAGACAGAUGUGGAUGGAGCGCUAAGUUUUCCCCACACUCCUGUUCACCACUCGCCACCCUUUCCUUGUUCUCACCCUUUCAAACAUGAGGACGCUUUGUCACAGUCAACAGUGGAUGAGCAGCAGUACCUGGCCCCGCCCCCUGUCUAUGGUUGCCACACCCCCAACGACAGCCAGACUCUGCUUUUACGAAACAGCUACAACAGUGAUAAUCUGUACCAAAUGACGGAAUGUGUGACCUGGAACCCGGUCAACAGUCUGGCCUCCACCAUCAAGAGUCCAAGUACGGGGUUUGAGAGCGAGCCCACAGCAGCUGUUGCUCCUGUGAUGUACAGUGCUCAGUAUCACAUACACACACAUGGCGUGUUCCGAGGAAUUCAGGACGUGAGGCGAGUACCGAGCAUCACCCCCUCCAUCGUGAGGUCGGCCGAGCCCAGUGAGAAACGCCCGUUCAUGUGUUCGUACCCUGGCUGCAGCAAGAGAUACUUCAAACUCUCACACCUGCAGAUGCAUGGAAGGAAACACACAGGAGAGAAACCGUACCAGUGCGACUUCACAGACUGUGGCCGCAGAUUCUCCAGAUCAGACCAGUUAAAGAGACACCAACGCAGACACACAGGAGUAAAACCCUUUCAGUGUGAGACGUGUCAGAGAAAGUUCUCACGCUCGGACCACCUCAAGACCCACACUCGGACUCAUACAGGUAAAACAAGUGAGAAGCCGUUUACCUGUCGCUGGCCAAGCUGUCAGAAGAAGUUUGCUCGUUCAGACGAGCUUGUCAGACAUCAUAGCAUGCAUGAGAGGAACGUCACCAAACUGCAGUCGGCUCUCUGAGCUUCCAAAAACCUUACACAUACAAUCAUUAACUAACUCAUGGUGAUGAUUAAAACAGACAUGCUGUACAGCAUGAUGACGGCAGUGCUCAAGACUGAACACCCAAUUAUUAACCUCAUUAAACUGCUUUGGAAUAUACGAGUCCAGAAAUAAAGUAAAAAAAAAAAAUCUAUAACGAUAAACAAAAGGCUUUAAAGGCCUGAGUAAAGUCUUAUAAGGAAUAUUUUAGAUCAUCUCAUGUUGUAAAUAACUCAUGAUUGCUUAGACACAAUCUCUAAAAUGGAUGGGCUGGUUCACUUAAAAUCAUGAUUGUUUCUGUUUCUUUACAAACAUGCUUUCAUUUUUAUAAAAGGAAAAUGCACUGUUCUAUUUCUUUGUACAUACUGUAUGUUAAUCUUUGACAGACUUUUAAUAUCCAUAUUUUGUAUUAAAAAAGCUUCUUAUACAAA